ACAGGAAGUGACGCCACUGAAACCAGCUAACUUUGUCCUCGAGACAGUUUGUGUGGCCGGCGGGAAACCAGUGAAAGCAGGUAAACCAUCAGUGUUUGAUCCCAGGAUGAAAUGCAGGCAGCUGCGAUGGAUCCAGCGGAAGAGCCUCCGUCGAUGCUGUGGGGACUGGACCCGGUGUUUUCCGCCUUCGCUCGGCUGUAUAUCAGAGACAUCCUGGAGAUGACGGAGUCCACCCAGGUACCAGGGAUUUACUUCUACAACCUGCACCCGAUCUCCAAAGUCGAUGUGCUGGGAACGGUGGUCUACAAGAGGGAGAGGGAGGACUUCUUCUGCUAUGGAGUGGAUGAUGGUACGGGUGUUAUAAACUGCCUGUGCUGGAAAAGUGACCUCCUGAAAGAGGAGCGGGAGCCGAGCAAGUCAGGGGCGCAGCUCAGCGCUGCGGCUCAGGGAGGCUUCGAGCCGGUGGCGGAGCUGCAGAAGCUGAGACGAGCCCAGCGGACGCGCUGCCACCUGGAGAUCGGAGAGCUGCUCCGAGUCAGGGGACCGGUGAAGACGUCGAGGCAGCAGAGGGAAAUCAAGGCCUCCACCUACUAUAAAGUGAGCGACCCCGUGAUGGCGGUGCAGAUUUCCUGGAUGAUGGAGGCUCCUCAGCUCUACAGACAGUGUUACGACAAAGCGCCUCAGCUGGAGCCCGACGCGGCGGGAGACUCGGCUGUCAGCUCCCUCAGCAGGGCAACUAAGAUCUUGAAAGACUUUUUAAAGCAGAAGUCGGUGAGCAGGUUCAGACCCUACGAUGUCCAGGACCUCCUGCAGCCUCUGAUCUCCAGCCAGCCUCAGGCAGCAUCUGCUGACCAGGAGCCUGUCGCAGGUCCGUCUGCGUGCCAGCAGCUCCGUCAGCUCCUGAAGGAGGCCCUGCAGAUCCUACAGGACGAGGGUGCCGUGUACCGCAAGGUCAAGUCCCAGGACGAAGUCUAUCUCGUGACCGUGCAGGACAAGGAUCUGCUCGUGGCCGUCAAAGACAUCAUCAGGGAGGACUCGAGGAGGGAGAAGUACGUGGAGAAGGGCUGCCACGUCCUGCACAUCCUGUCGGCAGUCAGGCAGCGGUACAGCCUCAACGUGAGCCGCGCCGCUCUGGAGCUCGUCCUCAAGACGCUCGAGUGCAACAGUGACAUCAUCAGCACCAGUGACAGCCACUACACCGCCAUCUGAGGAGCCGCCGCUGGCCCCGAACAUCAGCGCUCGGUGCAGAAAUCAUGUUUAGCUUUUACCCAGCUGCUGUAUGAGCGCACAAAUGUUAAAUAUUAAGUUAUUAAUGUUUCUAAAAACCAUGACAGCCAUGUGUAAACAAACCAUCACUGUUGUAAAUAUACGUUCAGUUUUUAAAUAAAUAAGAAACAAA